CACCAUCAUAACAAACGCCUGCAAACGGGAGUGCGGCCUUCCGUCUGAGGCCACUACGGAAACUCAACGUUUCCAGCUCCGUUUAGUCCAGGUUCUGCGGAACCGUCGUGGAAGGCCUUCUCUCAUCAGCGAUUUGCCUCCGCAGUGACUGCAACGAAUCAUAAACACGGCAGAGAGGCUCAGCUGUCAGUUAAUGAGCCUGCGUACCACCUCUUCAGCAGGUUCCCCUCAGGAGGGCACUAACUGUUGCAUCAGGACAAGGACCACACGCACGCCACCUUUAUACCUUUUCCCAAGGAUAUUUCUCUCCUUGACAAGCAGCACAGCAACUGACGGCACCGAAACCCUAGAAGGUCCAUUUUGAUUUCACCCGGAGCCAGCACGAACCCCAGAAAAGAAACGGACGCCUUGUGGAACUCACCUUUCUCAGCCUUGACAUAAAGUGGGGCGGGGCACCUCGUGGGCGGGGCCGCUCGAGUGACGGGCGUGGCCGAGGUUGAAGACGUCCAACAUCAACCGUCUUCCUUUCACACAAGAAAACAAAAAGCGCAACAUUGUUUUCCGUCUUCAUCUUCAUCUUCAUCGUCCAGCAAUGCAGAUGACGACGGUGCGUCGGCAUCUGGUUGUGGCACUGUUGGUCGUCACGGCGACAGCAAGGACGGCAGCCAUUGAUCAGAACCGAUUGGCCACGCUGGUAGAUGGAAUUCUCAACAAGUUCAAAGUUCAAAGGUGAGUGGCAGAGGAUGUCCCCGCUUUAUGACAUCGUCAUCGUGCACUGGGCCGAGUGUCUGUGUCAGAGCAAGGAAAAUACAGCGUUCCAAAAGAUGAGGCAUAAGUUCAGGGGUGUAGCCCCCAAUUGUGGGCCCCCAUACAACACCUUCAUGGAGGGCCCCCUCCAAACUCUGAAAUCACUCUGCCAACACCUCUCCUAUUGACGUCACAGUGACGGCGCUUCCCAGUUGAUCAGCUUCCACCUCCAGGCACGGCGCCACGACGGCAAACGCCUACCUUGCGCGUCGUGCCGCAACGCCACAUGACUUUCCAUCAUCGCACCCUUGCGGCACAAUGAAUGGGUUUGUCGACGGCGCAAUGCAUCCUGCUAAGUGCAGUGUGAAAAGGUCCAUGCAUAGCUUGGACCUUUAAAUGAAAUUAAAUGAAAUAUGAUAAUAAAAAGCACGGUGGCCGACUGGUUAGCACAUCUGCCUCACAGUUCUGAGGACCUUCAACUUUGAUUGCGUUGGCUCAGAACCUCAGACCGGGCUGAAGGUUCACCUUUUAAAAAAGACAAAGACCCUAAGCACACAGCUAAAAUAAUGAAGGAGUGGCUUCAGAACAACUCCGUGACUGUUUUUGAAUGGCCCAGCCAGAGCCGUGACUUAAACCCAAUUGAGCAUCUCUGGAAAGACCUGAAAAUGGCUGCCCACCAGCGUUCCCCAUCCAGCCUGACAGAACUGGAGAGGAUCCUCAAAUCCAAGUGUGAAAAACUUGCAUCAUUCACUAAAAGACUCAUGGCUGUAUUAGCUCAAAGGGGUGCUUCUACUAAAUACUCAGCAAAGGGUCUGAAUACUUAUGGCUGUGUGAUAUUUCAGUUUUUCCUUUUUCAUCAAUUUGCCAAAAUUUCAACAAUUGAGUUUUUUGUCUGUCAAUAUGGGGUGCUGUGUGUACAUUAAUCUGGGAAAAAAAUGAACUUAAAUAAUUUUAGCAAAUGGCUGCAAUAUAAAAAAGAGUGAAAGAUUUAAGGGGGUCUGAAUACUUUCCUUACUUUUACACACACACACACACACACACACACAGAAAUGAUUUAGCAGUAUGAUUUUCUUGAAACGAGGCAUUGGAUUGGAUCCACUCUCUUUUGUUAACUUUGUGUGUUUACUGUGUUAGUAAGAUGCCCAUGUUCAGUCUGGCCGUGAGCGUCCCGCCCGGCGCCCAGCCGGACUCGUACGACCUCACUCGAGUGCCCGACUUGGGGCAGAACGUGAAGAACACCAUCCUGCAGUGCGGCGUCUACGCGGGCGACAACGUGGUGGCCGCCACUCUUCUGAGGUGGCCUGACGUGGCGCAGCGUUGUCCCAGAUCGCAGGUGCCGUGGCAGGAUGUUCUGCAAGCCUGCGGCCGGGAGUCCAUGACGUGGCACGAAGUGGCCAUGAUCUGCCCCGGGGCCGUGGAAGACAACCGAGCGGACCACGCCGAGUACCGGGUUCUUGAGCGGUUCAACAGCUGGGCUGAAGAUAAGGACAAGUCGGGUCUGUUGGUGUUCUACGCGUACGCGGCGCCCUGCACCAGCCGCUGCGCCAGCAAAAAGAACGCCUUGAGCAUCCUCAAGCUGCUGGAACGCAUCCAGGAGUGGAAGGAACACGUCGUCGUCUUCUCCAAGUUGCUGAAUGUCAAAACGUUGUGGGUGGGCACCUCCAUACCCGUCGACCAGCUGACCAGAGCCCUGGUGAACCUGGGAAGACAUCUGGGCACCGGCGGCCUGGGAAGGAUCUUCCGCUGCGACCGGCCGCAAGACGACAACAGCGCCGUGGAGUGCAUCAGCUGCUCUGCCGGGGGGCAGGUCACCCCUCAAUGCUACAAGAAGGACGGCGAAUCGGGGGAAGCGGGGCAGGACAGCGGGCGGCAAGGAGGAGGCGGCGCGGUACGAGGGGGACACGGAAUUGGUGGGGCAGUACAAGGGGCACAACGAGGAAGCGGGGCAGUAAGAGAGGGUCAAGAGUGGGCGCAAGGAGUAGGCGCGGAAAUAGGAGAGUGGCAAACAGUGGGUCAAAGAAGACGAGGGCCGUUACGAGGGGCACAAGGAACAAGUGGAGCAGUAAGAGAGGGACAAGCGUGGGCGCAAGGAGUAGGCGGGGCAAUAGCAGAGUUGAAAACAGUGGGCCAAGGAAGGGGGCAAAGAGGAAGAGGGGCAGUACAAGGAGACGGGCAAAGAGGAGGUCGGGAAGUGCAAGGGGGACAAGGGUGGGGGCAAGGAGAAGGUGGGACACCUAAAGCCUUCAAGAAAGACGAACUCGUUGGGCCGGUAGAAGAAUAA